GGACGCGCAAAGAGGGAGGAGUCUGUCUUUAAGCUGAGCCAAGAAAGUAAAAAAUGGCUACCAAGUCCUGUCCGCAGUGUGACCAACAGGUUCCCGUUGCCUGCAAAUCCUGCCCUUGUGGAUAUAUAUUUAUAAGCCGUAAACUUCUGCAUGCAAAACAGUCACAGAGAUUGCCCCCUACAUCAGAAAAUCGAUCAGAUCCAAAAAGACGCCGAACUGAGCGCAUCAAAAGAGAGAGAAUACACACUACUGUAAACAGAGAUUUGGAGAACAGAAAAAGAUCCCGAUCCAACAGCCAGUCUGAAGCUUCAAGACGGGGAAGAGGCCGACCAAAAACAGCAACAACCAAAAAGCAAGAAGAAGAGAAAGAAAAGCAAGAAAAAGAAGUUGAUAUGUAUGCCAAUCUGUCAGAUGAAAAAGCUUUUGUGUUUUCAGUUGCUCUGGCUGAAAUUAACAGAAAAAUUAUUAAUCAAAGGCUUAUACUCUGACCCGUUUCCAUAGAACAAACCUCAAUCUUAUAUACAAAGUCAAGCCCACCUGGCUGUAUCAGCACAGAUCAUGGACUCUGCAUCUUUGGGGAAGCUCAGAGAGUCUUCUGAAAGAAAGACUGUUUUGUACCAACAGAUGCACAAUGCUAUACUCUCUUUGACACACACAGGUAUUUUAAAUGGACGUUAUCCAGUUACCCAACCCUUUCAGUGGAGGAAUCUCUGGCAGCCAGCCAGUGUAGGUGUAUUUAAAUGCUUGCUAAAAUGUUAUAUAUUAUAUAUCUAUAUAUUAUAUAUAUAUAUAUAUCUAUAUAUAUAUAUAUAUAUAUAUCUAUAUAUAUAUCUAUAUAUAUAUAUAUAUAUAUAUAUAUCUAUAUAUAUAUAUAUAUAUAUAUGUUGCAUUUUUGUUAAAUUAAAAAUCAAAACAUGUAUAGUUUAUAUAACCUUUAUAUAUUAAACAGUUGUUACACUAACA